AUGUUAAGAACUCCGACAGAAUGUUUACUAAGAUUCAAGGGCGUAUGCAAGGAUUGGUGCUCACUGAUCAAAGAUCCUAAAUUCGUCAAAAAACAUUUUGAUCAUCACAAAGCAAAUGAUCAAUCUAUUGGUAUUGUUUUCAUCUAUGCAAAUUGUAUUCAACAAUACUAUCUUUAUCUGACAAUUUUCAACAAAUUGUGGGAAUACAAAGAUGUCCCUAGUUAUAAGAUCAUGGAAAAUGACAAGUUCAGAGUAAAGGUGCCUACCGAUGGGAUAUCAAAACUGACUUCCUGCAACGGCUUGCUGUGUUUUCAUACGGAGUUUCCUUUGCUUAUGGUGAACCCAAUCACCAGAGAAAUACUAGAGCUUCCGAAACCUUGGAUUGAAGAAGAAGAUGAGGAGGCAAGCGCAUGUGGAUUUGGUUUGGACGCUAAAAUGAAUGUAUACAAAGUGGUUCAAUUGGAACUGUGUUUUUCCAACUCUUCAUUGGAAUGUGAGGUCUUAGAGUUAGGUACAACCAUAUCAUGGAGAAAAAUCCAACACCAACCCAGCUUUCCUUGCCCAGAUUUAGGGGACCCCGAUGAGCAUCUGGAACCAGUGUUUGUUGAAGGAUCUAUAUAUUGGCUCGCUUCCGAAAACAUUUUGUGUUUCGAUGUUGCAGCUAAGAGGUUAAAAUUGAUUCCUGAACCUGAUCAUCAAAAGGCACAGUGUUGCGGCAACUACAAUACGUUCUUGGUAGAACUUGAUAAGAGUCUUUGUCUUAUGACGCAUGGUAUCUCUUCUGGAAUGGUAGGUAUAUGGAAGAUGCAAAAGGACUCUGUCAAUGAAGAAACUACAUAG